AUUAAAAACAGGAAACAUGAAGACUUACUAAAUCAGCUUUUUUUUUUAAAGGCAUUUCCCCCACAUCAUUUGUAUGAAUGUGUCACCCUGGGUGUCAGAUAGUCAGAAAAUGCUUUGUAUGCACUUAAAAAAAUUCAUGUAGGCCUUUUCUGAUCAAGGUUGUGUACGUUUCUGUCAUUUUAUCUUUGAAGAGCCCUCUUAGGAGCUGACUUUCUUUUUCUUCCUCCCUCUCUCUUUCUUUCAUUUUCUGCAUCUGUUACUCUCAAGUAUAAACCCACUUUAACCCUAAAUAACCCCCCCUGACAACUACUCAAACAGACAGUUUACUAGAAAACACCCACAGGGGUCUCCUUUUCUACCUCCCCUCACUGAGGAAACACCAGCUACUGUAUGAUGCCAUGAGAAUCUCUACCAAACGCACUAUAUGAAACCUUAACAUGCAAAUAACAUCAACCACAAAGGGUGCAAGAAGAAAAUGGAAACUUCCUGUUUGGCUUGCGAUCCGUUCUUCUGUUACAGAAUUUCUGUUACGCGCCAUACUUGCAGAAUAGUGCCACAACGAACGGCAGUAGAUCUGCCAUUUUUAACAGCACUUCCAUUGUGUGAAGACUUAGAAUACAACAGAUGGAGAUUUUCAGGACAUCUGUGACCCUUUUAAGUAUCUGUCUCUUCCAUAGCACCCUAUCUGAAACACAGAGCAUAUGCAAAGGCAAUCUUCCACCGGUUAAGCAUGUGGCAGUGGACAGCAAUGUUACUGUGCCCUGCCCUGUACUCAGUGCAACAGAAAUGGACUUCAAAUUGUUUAAAGGCUCAGACCAGGUCACCUCCAUUUAUAUCAAGAUAAAUGAUACAUCCAUCAACAAAAAUAACAACAGCCCAAAUUUCCCUGCCGAUCUCAACGUUAAUCAUCUGGAUAACAGUAGCAGUUUCAUCUUGUUCGGUGUGACUACGAAUUUUACAGGCCUGUACACCUGUGAGGCCGAGAUAAUCUAUCCACCUCCAUUUAAGAAAGUGUCACACACACCACAAACUAUUGUGUUUGUUGAAGCAGAGAAACCAGUUAAAAUUAGUGAUCUCUGUCAACAUGGAAGUCAACUGGUUUUAUGGAUUGUGUUUGGAGCCAUUGUCAUAUAUGGGGUGGUAAUGACUUGCAUCGUUUUCAUUUUGCGGAUCAAGUGCAGUCAAAUUAUUACUCCCUUCAAGGACAGAGAAUGCAGACGGAAAUGGCAAGGGGUUCAACAUCCAACCUGGCAGGGUUUUCACAAAGACACUGUAGUAUGAGACUGUCUGACAAUAUUCUAUGAAACCUGUACAAAACAACAUCAAAUUAGUCAGCCAGCCAUGUUUUAAAAAUGGCACACAGCAAUGGUGACAUCCUGAGAAAAAUCCGACUACCUUUAAAUUUUUUCAUUGUUUUAUAUGUACCCAUAUGUAGCCAAAAUAUUAUUAGCCUUGCUGGCAUGUGUGUGUGUGUGUGUGUGUGUUUUAACAUUUAUUUCGAAAUAAACAUAGUACAACAGUC